AGAUGAUCGUAAGCUUUACACGAAAACAAACUGAAGAUAACAAUCAAAACAUUUAAAACUUUAAAGAUUUGAGGUUAGGACUCACAUUUGACCGCUUGACGUGUUAAUGUCAACUGACAGCAAAGUUGACUCAAAAUUAUUACAAAAUAUGUCCUAAUACAUUUGAAAUAAGAUCGAGAAUAGCUUGGGAUUUUCUUAAUAAGAGAUUGGCUACAGGUUUUCAUACACCGCUCUGCCAUAUGGGAAACAACAUCCCACUUUCUUCGGCAGAGAUCUUGACACCGCAGUCUCGAUUCGAACUCGAACGCGGCAGACAGUCGCGUUAAAAAAAACAUUUAAAAAAGUUCAAGCGCGCCAAAGUGUGUGACAUUAGUGGGUGUUUUUUUUUAAGACCAUUUUGUGCCUGGAUUUUGGAUACUUUUCAUUGGAAAAAUGAUUACGCGGCGGAGAUCGACGCUGUUGCUAUGGUGUAUACUCGGACUGGCGUUGGCAGACGACACCCCACCAGGUCUGGUGGCCAAGGACAGCGACCAGGACCUCGUGGCCGAAGCGACGCAGUCAGGUAAAUGCACAGGCGGUCAAGCCCAGAAGCGUGAGGCGUCGUUGUCGAACUCGUACGGAGAGCCGCUGCCGUCCGACGCGUACGGCCCCCCGAGAGACAACUCUAAUGGUCUCCAGCACCCAGCGCCCGUGUUCCAGCAGCAGGACUUCCAAAACAACAUCUUCGACACCCCACCUGGCGCCUAUGGACCCCCGCAGCCCAUCGUGUUCCCCAGCCAGAGCUACGAGGGCCCCCCACCCCCCGUACGCAAGCCUCACUCCAUCUACGGACCCCCCAAGCAGACCUACGGACCCCCUAAACAAAUAUACGGACCCCCCAAACCCAUCUACGGACCCCCUAAGAAAACUUACGGUCCCCCGAAACAAACCUAUGGAGCACCUUUCAAACCACCGAAAAUUCAAUUCCCUAAACCAGUUUAUGGCGUUCCGAAACAAAUGUACGGACCCCCUAAACCUAUAUAUGGACCGCCUAAAUUACAGACUAAUUAUGGCGCCCCAGUAAACAGCAUACACUUACCGGCCUUACCUGAGCUUCCACCGAUCAAUUUACCACAGAACUUUGGCACAGGAAUCGGAAACAUCGAUUUACCAGCGACCAUCUACGGAACCCCUAUCCCAUCCUUACCUUUAGACCUGAAACCUAAUUUCCCGAUCCCUUCUGAUACUUACGGACCCCCUGGACACUCCAUCGGCCCUAUAGGACCUAAUGAGCAAGUCGUGGUUCAAGAUGUCGGUAACAUCGGGCAUUAUGGUCCUCCACAGCCUGAUCCGAACCCAAGGCCACCGCACCCAGGUAUCCCCGCCCCACCCACGCCCCCUCAUGUACUCUACGAUGGAUGGAAGCCGAUCCCUGGAGUCUCCAAGCCUCUAAUUGAAAACCUGGACAGUAAUAUCGGAGACCAAUACGGCCCGCCUCCGCCGGCACCCGUCCAAGAAGUUCAUUUGAAUUUAGAUGGUCAUUCACUACCAAGCGUGAACGUAGGACCGUCUUUCUCUGGAGCUCAAAUAUCUACAGGCUACUCCAACGUCCAUCAGGAUAUCUUAGCAAAUAUUGACUUAAACGCUAUCGUUGGUGGAGAUUCUAAUCAUAUUGAUCAAUCAAAGACGGUGUUUGAAGCGCAUUAUACGGAACCGAACCAAGAUCUUGGUGUUCAGAGCCUGCCGCUAGCGCAGACCAAGCCGUUUGAUACUUACGGCACUCCGCCAGCGGAGUCCCUAUCAGGAGGAUCCUAUCCCACGUCUAUUAGACAACAGGGCGCUAAAGGCUUAGUUCCACCUUCAGGUGUUUAUGGAGUCCCGCCUGGAAGCCAAUACGGAGUCCCCCCACGCCCACCUCCAGCUAAUCUCCCGAUCCCUUACGGAAGCCACUCAGGCGGUGGACAUUCAGGCGGCAGUUCUCCUCGUCACCCAAUUAAAUUCAGGGAUUCCGUCCCUGAAGGAUUGUUCCAAAACAUCGGGCAAACUACGCGCGUGAAGGAUGCUCAUAACAUUGAUCACCUCAAACAAGGGCCGGCGUAUCUGCCUCCUCCUGUCAGAGAAGUGAAGGACGCUAAUCAUCAGAUCGGCAACUUUGGCAUUGGAAACCUUGCUUUGUCCAUCGAGCCUUCGAGCCUUUUCAGUCUGCCUCACGCCGGCAACCCUAUCAACUUCCAACAAGUACAGCAACCUAACAGCUUAUACGGCUCUCCUAUCGACUCUUACUCAGCACCUCUCGGAACUAUAGCCGAUCAUACAGCUUCAGGCUCUAAUACAAAUUCAGUAACCGCUGCUUUAGACGGUACGAUCUUGGCCAAUCUUUCGAACUUGGACGCGGCCGCCAUUUUGAAACACUGUCCUUAUCACGAAGCUAUUCUUAAAGCGGCUCAAUUGGGGGAGAAGAUACCUUCGGAGUUAGCGUCCAGUUACGUCGCCAGCUUGAGCUCUUUAGGCUCAACCUUAUCUAAAAGCCAGCAGACUUUAAUAUCGCCUCAGAACAGCUUCAACACUCCUGUAGCUGGAAGCGAGUCAGUAUCAUACAAUUCUAAAGACCUAGACACUGCCUCUCACACAUUAGUUCAAACUAUUCUACCAACCAAUAACAUAAAGAGCGAAAAGACGGAAAAGACGAGCAUACAGAAAGGUAAAUCGAUAAAAGACGAGUCUGGAAAGCAUAGUUACAAAAAUGAAGGUCUGCAGCAGCAGAUCUUCCAAACUUCUGAGAAAAUCAGGAAUUUGAGUGAAGAGACUAAACAAUUACAGCAGAAAAUUGUAUCGACGAGCCAAAGCUUAAGCCAGGUCAAUGGACAAAUAUCACAAUUCGGACAGAGAGAGAAGAACAGAGGCAACAACUAUUCAUACCAAAUACAGUCUUCCGCUGACCACAAUGGCAAAGGACAACCUUCGAUACCUCACGAGCAAUUACUAUCUGAAGGUCUUUUGCAAAGUAUCUUGCAAGCCAUCGAGCAGCCUUCGCAGAAACCGAGACAAGUGAAGGUCCAAAAUCAGAACAUAAAUUUCGAACAAGCCAGCACUUUAGAUUUGGCAAACUUAGACGCCGAUGGCCUUAUCUUGCCUGCCGGCUACGAACCUAUCGAUAGAACCAAAGAAAAAGAGAAAACUCAAGAGAAACACGUAACUAUUGAUCAAGAAAUACAAAGCACUAACAAAGAUAUCAAACAGAUACUUAACAGUGAAAUAAUACACAGACACAGAGGUGACAUUCCGCACACAGAAUGCGAUUUAAGAGCUGAUAACUCGGUGACUCACACCGUUGUGGUGCCGCCGCCAAACGUGGAUAAAGUAGCGCCAGUUGAAGAAAUCGAUGAUAACGAUGUAGCCAUCUAUUUCGACGAGAAAACCGACGUGACUGAAAAACAGGAGCAAGUUACUGAAAUCUCAGUAGCGACGAGCAUAAGUGAAGGCGAUUAUGAAAAGGAGCCUGAGUUCGGAGAUAAAAUUGAGAAGAAAGAAUCGUAGGAAAUGUUUGGAGAAUCUAGUCUGUAAAACAGUGAGUUCAAAGGAUUCAUAAGUUAAUCUUUCAUAGAAACAAAGGAACUAUUUGCUAAUGAAAUAAGCAAAAUAGUAAUCGACCAUAAAAUACGAUAUAAUACAAUAUAAUAACAUCACGUCCGCAUAAAGAUAGAACCACUUUAUUGUAAUUUUGAUGCCAUAACACGGAAAAUAACUUUUGGUUCAGUGGCAGAAUGAAGUCACGUAUUUCUAAUUGGUCAUACCUUUCUAAAUGAUUUACUUUAGUUUAGUUUAGUUUAACCGUCACGAGAGGCUCACUGGAAUAUUAAAAUGCCAUCUGUAUUUGCUGAUUUCUAAAUAUCCCUUUUUAAAAGUAAUUUAUUUAGAAAAUAUUUAACAAACUGUUAUUUCCGUAAGGGAUAUAUUUAGAAAUGAGCAACGCUAAUCGUAAAAGGUGUCGGAAUUAAAAGACUGAUUCGGCAUCUUUUUUGAAACAUACGAUUUUAAAUGUAACGAAUUUAAUUUAAAUUAUUUAUAAUAACGCCAUCUAUCGGAGAUCUGAGAAAACUCCACCGUUUAAGAGCUCUAUUUCUUUAGAACUUUGUAAACUGCCUGAGAUUUCUCAGAUCAUACUUAUUUAACUAUCAUUAUUUAUAUCUUUAACCUUAAUUGUAGUUUAAGUUUAGCAAUUCAGUAUUUUCUUGUUUCUCCACUAUUUAUUGAUCUUUGGUAAGUGGAUGUCUGUAUGUACGGUAGUACAAAUGUAUUUCAUUAAGAUAAAUAAAAUGUACAGUACA